AUGACGCCGCAUCCGCAUCCCCGGCUCCCAUCAUCGACUCGCAUAGUCGAGAUUAUCGUGAUCCAACCCGCCUCUACGCCGGCUGCGAGUUGGAGAGAGGUUCAGGUGCAGACACCGACAACUUUGCCUUCUGUUUACAGCGCUAUCCCAUCUGGGUCAACUCUCGGGUUGGCUAAUUUUGAGCAUCAUGACGAUGUCGUGUUUCCUUUUACGCAGCCUCAUGAGGUGAGGUUGAUGAAGUACUAUCUAGAGUAUAUGUGCACCUGGUUUGACCUAUGCGACGCAAGACGGCAUUUUGCCAUCGUAGUCCCACGAAGAGCGACAACGUGUCCAACCCUUCUCAACGCAAUCUUCGCCCUCUCCUCCCGCCACCUCAGCCUCCACGAACAAUACGACCCCUACGCCUCAGACCGCUACCAUCAAGAAUGCCUCAAACAUCUUACCACAAUCUCAAACGACUCGUCGGCCCUCACAAACGAUGAUCUCCUCGCGGCGACAAUCCUCCUACGCACCCUCGAGGAGCUCGAUGUCCCGCUCAUAGGGACAGACCACGAAGGCCACCUCCUCGGCAUCCAGCUCUUCAUGAACACGCAAAACGCAUCCUCCCUCACCCCGCCGAGCUCCCUACGCCAGGCUUCCUUCUGGGUGGGACUCCGGCAGGAAAUCACCAUGGCGUUUGCGACGCAGCGGCCGAUCAAAGUCAAGCUCGACCACCUCUUCAUCGACCGGUCCUUUUCGCCGGCCGAUGAUGAUUGCUGGGCGAAUCGCAUCGUCGUGCACUGCGCCGAGGUGGUGCAAUUUUGUUUUGGCGAGGUGGAGAACCGCAAGAGCGAGUAUCAGCGGCUGGUUGAGUAUGACUACAACUGGCUACGCGCGAGGCCGCUUUCUUGGUUGCCUAUUGCGUAUUCUGAGCCGGAUCAUGCUUCAGGCUUGGUGUUUCCGCAGAUCUUUUACAUUAACCAUGCUGUCGUGAUCGGAAAUGUGCAUGGGGCGUUAGCCCGCGCGCUCUUGAUGUGCCACGACGAGAGCAUCCCGAAAAUAGGACCUAGUCGAAUCCGAGCCCGACAAAAGCUAGACAAUGACAUUCGUAUGCAAGUCCGAGAACUAUGCGGCGCGGCGCUAUCAAACAAAACCACGAUACCGGCCAUGUUUACGGCCUGCAUGGGCGUCACGGCAUGCGGAGACAGAUUCGUCGAGUAUGCUGAACAAAAAGCCCUAUUGGAUAUUCUAGUCAAGACGGACGUCGAGCACAUGUGGCCCACUGCGUCGGCACAGUCGCACUUGAAGAGGGCGUGGGGGUGGGAAGAUGAUUCAUGA